AUGGCAAAUAAUGAUAAUGAAGCUUGUGACACCAGGCUCACACUUGGACUUGCCACAAGUGAUCAUCACUCAUUACCAAAACAGAACCAACAAGAACAUAACAAGAUUGUAUGUCUAGAUCUAUCUAUUGUUCCUCUUCAUUCUAGUGAUAAUGGCACAAGCAAGAUUGAUGGGUCCAGCUCAAAAACUUCUGAAAAUUACAAUAAUUUUAAGAAUGUGAUCAAGAAGAAUGGUAUGAGGAAGAAACUGAGGCUUACCAAAGAACAGUCCACUUUGCUUGAAGACAGUUUCAAACGGCAUGCCACACUAGCAAUGGGCCAAAAACAAGAACUUGCAGCCAAAUUAAAACUCAAGCCACGUCAAGUAGAAGUUUGGUUUCAGAAUAGAAGAGCAAGGACUAAACUGAAGCAAACAGAAGUAGACUGUGAGUUCUUGAAGAAGUGGUGCCAGAGUCUGAAUGAUGAAAAUAAUAGGCUAAAGAAAGAGUUGCAAGAGCUAAGAUCAAUCAAGAUUGAUCAACGGACGACACCAUUCCAUCUUCAACUUCCUAAGACAAGGACACUGGCUCUGUGUUCAUCAUGCCAGAAAAUUUCAAGAAGUGAAACUGAUGAAAAACAUGAAACAGGGCCAAAAAGUGGCUAG